AGGAGAGGAGGGGACAUGGGCGGGGCUGAGGCGCCUCUCAUUUCCCCUCCAUACUUAGCGGGGCAGCAGGGCUGGAGAGACCUCCGGGGAGCACAGUCGCCAGUCCAGCACGGAGACCCGCCUGGCCAAAAUACCGCGCCUCACACUUGCCAGGAUUGCCAAAUAUUCCUGAAAAAUAUACCUGCUAUUUAUGGCAUGUGGCUUGUAACUUUACUCCUGUUGUACUCUCUCCAAGAAGUACACAGUGAGGAUGUGGGCUCCACCAGGCUGUACUUUGUGAAUGCCUCCCUGCAGAGGGUAACCUACUCCAGCUCGGUGGGGGUCUCCCUGCCCUGUCCAGCAGGGGGCACCCCCAGUGCCAUACUCCGCUGGUAUCUUGCCACCGGCGACGACAUCUACGACGUGCCCCACAUCCGCCAUGUGCACGCCAAUGGCACCCUACAACUGUACCCCUUCUCACCCUCCGCCUACAACAGCUACAUCCACGACAACGACUACUUCUGCACUGCCGAAAACCAAGCAGGCAAGAUCCGCAGCCCCAACAUCCGCAUCAAAGCUGUUUUCAGGGAGCCCUACACCGUGCGGGUGGCGGACCAGCGCUCGAUGCGGGGCAACGUAGCUGUGUUCAAGUGCCUCAUCCCCGCUGCCGUGCAGGAGUACGUCAGUGUUGUGUCCUGGGAGAGAGACACUGUUUCCAUCGUCCCAGGUAACAGGUUCUUGCUGACCUCCUUCGGGGCUCUUUACAUCUCUGAUGUUCAGAAGGAGGAUGCCCUCUCCACAUACCGGUGCAUCACCAAACAUAAGUACAGCGGCGAGACGCGCCAAAGCAAUGGAGCCAGGCUCUCUGUAAUGGACCCAAAUGAGUCCUCACCCACCAUCCUGGACAGUUUCCAAGCAGGGGAGGUGUAUGCAGGCCAGAGUAUUGAGCUCCCCUGCACAGCGGGAGGUUACCCCAGCCCCACUGUGCGCUGGCUGAAAGAUGGUCGCCCGCUACCCUCGGACGCCCGCUGGACACGGCGUUUGACAGGGCUGACUAUCAGUGACCUGAGGCAGGAGGACAGUGGCAGCUACGCAUGCGAGGUCACCAACAGUUUUGGCUCAAAGGAGGUGUCUGGACAGCUUCACGUUAUAGACCCACUACGAGUGACUUUGUCCCCAAAGAAUUUGAAAACUGGCAUCAGCAGCACACUCUUCUUUACCUGCACGGUGGAGGGCUCUCCAGAAUACACCAUCACCUGGUACAGCAACACCGAGCCCAUCGUCCCCGACCAGCACAUCUCCAUCCAGGGACAACACAAUGACACCCUGCAGAUCACCGCAGCACAGAAGUUCCACUCUGGGGCUUACCAGUGCUUCGCCUCCCGAAAGGGCCACACUGCUCAGGACUUUUCCAUUAUUCUGCUAGAGGAUGGUACUCCUCGUAUUGUGUCUUCCUUCAGCGAGCGGGUGGUGAACCCCGGCGAGCCUUUCUCCCUCAUGUGUGCAGCCAAAGGAGCCCCACCCCCCUCCAUCACCUGGACGCUGGACGACGAGCCCGUGGUGCGAGACUCCACCUACAAGACAAGCCAGUACACCCUGUCAGACGGCCUGACCGUGUCACACGUCAACGUCAGCAGCCCGCUCAUUCGAGAUGGGGGAGUGUAUCGUUGCGUCGCACGCAACUCGGCUGGUAGCGCCGAGUACCAAGCGCGCAUAAACGUAAGAGGUCCGCCCCGAAUCAGACCCAUGCGGGACAUCACAGCAGUGGCGGGCAGGAACACCUACAUAACGUGCCGUGUGAUUGGCUACCCAUAUUACUCCAUCAAGUGGCUGAAGGACGGCAUGCAGCUGCCUGAUAAUCAUCGUCAAGUGGUGUUUGAGAACGGCACCCUGAGGUUGACGGACGUGCAGAAGGGCGCCGACGAGGGCACCUACUUGUGUAGCGUUCUGAUCCAACCCCAGGUGUCAAUCAACCAAACCGUUCAUGUCACUGUCAAAGUGCCACCCCUCAUCCAGCCCUUUGAUAUCCCCUCUACCUCAGUGGGGAAGCUCAUGUACAUUGCCUGUGUGGUGUCAUCUGGGGACAUGCCCAUACGCAUCACCUGGCACAAAGACGGCCAGCUCAUCGUGCCAGGCUCUGCCUCUGGCGUCGCAAUAGAGACCAAAGAGUUCAUGAGCUCCCUGCAAAUCUCCAAGGUGACACUGAAGCACAACGGAAACUACACCUGCAUUGCCAGCAACGCCGCCGCCACCGUCAGCUGGGAAAGACAGUUGAUUGUUACUGUGCCGCCACGUUUUGUGGUGCAGCCCAACAAUCAGGAUUGUAUCUACGGCAAAGCUGGAGUUCUCAACUGCUCUGUGGAGGGUUACCCACCUCCAAAAGUCAUGUGGAAACACGCCAAAGGUGUAGGAAACCCUCAGCAGUACCACCCGGUCCCUCUAACUGGCCGUAUCCAGAUCAUGUCAAAUGGCUCUCUGCUCAUCCGACACGUGCUUGAGGAUGACCGAGGAUACUACCUCUGUCAGGCCUCCAACGGAGUGGGCUCAGACAUCAGUAAGAGCAUGAUCCUCACUGUCAAGAUUCCUGCCAUGAUCACCAGCCACCCUAACACCACCAUGGCGAGGAAGGGUCAGACCAAGGAGCUGAACUGCACAGCACGGGGCGAGCAGCCCAUCAUCAUCCGCUGGGAGAGAGGAGACACCGUCAUUGACGCUGAGAGAAAUCCCCGCUACUCCAUCACCAUCAACAAGAAGGGGGACGAAGUCAUCUCUACACUUAAGCUGAACCCAGCUGAGCGAGGAGAUUCUGUUUUCUUCUCCUGCCAUGCCAUCAACUCCUAUGGAGAGGGUCGAGGUCUCAUCCAACUCACUGUGCAAGAACCACCAGAUCCUCCUGAACUUGAAGUUAGGGAGGUGAAGGACAGGAGCAUGAACUUGCGCUGGAUCCAAAGAUUUGAUGGAAACAGCAUCAUCACCAGCUAUGACAUCGAGUACAAGAACAAGUCAGACUCCUGGGAUCACAUGUACACAACCAGGAACAUCUCACCCACCAACAACCAGGCCAACAUUGUGGAGUUGCACCCGGCCUGUGUGUACAGCAUCCGCAUGUACUCCUACAACAAGAUUGGCCGUAGCCUUCCCAGCAAAGAGCUCACGAUCAGUACAGAGGAAGCACCACCUGACGGGCCGCCAAUGGACGUAAUCCUCCAACCGAUGACAUCUCAGAGCAUACGGGUUACAUGGAGGGCUCCUAAGAAGGAGCUGCAGAACGGAGUAAUCCGAGGCUACCAGAUCGGUUACAGAGAGAACGGACCAGGCAGCAAUGGCCAGUACAGCAUAGUGGAGAUGAAAGCUACAGGGGACAGUGAAGUGUACACCUUGGACAACCUGAAGAAGUUUGCCCAGUACGGGGUUGUAGUCCAGGCCUUCAACAGAGCUGGGACGGGUCCAUCCAGUACUGAGAUUAAUGCUACCACGUUGGAAGAUGUGCCCAGUGAGCCUCCGCAGAAUGUGCGAGCCAUCUCUGUGACGUCGGACGAGGCGGUGAUCACAUGGGCAGAGCCUCCACGGCUGACACUGCACGGUGUGCUGAAAGGCUACCGAGUUGUGUUUUGGUCCCUCUUCCCUGACGGAGGUGGGUGCUGUGGGGGCCAGGCCCAGUGGCCAAUGCAGAAAUGGGGAGAGAUGCAGAAUAUCACCACCACACGUGAACAGGUGGAGCUGCGAGGGCUGGAGAAGUUCACUAACUACAGUGUUCAGGUGCUGGCCUACACCCAAGCUGGAGACGGGGUGCGCAGCAACGUCCUGUAUAUCCAAACCCGCGAGGACCUUCCUGGUCCACCGGCUGGCAUCAAGGCAGUUCCCUCCUCUCCGAGUAGUGUGGUUGUGUCCUGGUUGCCUCCUCAUAAACCAAAUGGUGUUAUCCGCAAGUACACCAUCUACUGCUCCAGUCCAGGGUCUGGGCAGCCGGCACCCAGUGAGUACGAGGCCAACCCAGAGAUGCUCUUCUACCGUAUCACGCACCUUUCCCGUGGAAAACAAUACCACAUCUGGGCUGCAGCUGUGACAACUGCGGGCCGAGGCAACAUGAGCUCAAAGGUCAUAGUGGAGCCUGCUGGGAAAGUCCCGGCUAAGAUCCUGUCCUUUGGGGGCACGGUGACCACACCCUGGAUGAAGGAAGUGCGUCUGCCCUGCAGCUCAGUGGGAGAACCCGCCCCUACAAUUAAAUGGACCAAAGACAGCGAGGACUCUGCCAUUCCCGUGACAGCAGACAGUCAGCGGCAGAUCUUAUCCAAUGGCACACUGGUGCUACGUUCAGUCAAAGCAGAGGACUCUGGGUACUACACCUGUACGGCCACUAACACUCUGGGCUUUGACACCAUCAUAGUCAAUCUGGUGGUGCAAGUUCCUCCUGAUCAGCCUCGUCUGACCGUCUCCACUACCUCCACCUCCUCCAUCACUCUGGCUUGGAUCCCUGGGGACAAUGGGGGAAGCUCCAUCAGAGGAUUUGUGCUGCAGUAUUCGGUGGACAACACAGAGGAAUGGAGGGACGUGUUCAUCAGCUCCAGUGAACGUUCCUUCAGGUUGGACAAUCUGCGCUGUGGGACCUGGUACAAGGUCAAGUUGGCCGCCAAGAACAGUGUGGGCUCAGGGCGCAUCAGUGAGAUCAUAGAGGCUAAGACCCAUGGAAGAGAACCAGUGUUCAACAAGGAUCAGCCGCUGCUCACCCACAUCAACUCCACUCAUGCAGGGCUUAACCUGCAGGGCUGGACCAGCGGCGGCUGCCCCAUCACUGACCUGAUGCUGGACUUUAGGCCCAAAGGAACCUGGGCCUGGCAGAGCCUAAAGGCCAACUCUACCACUCAGCUUUUCCUCAGUGAGCUGCGCGAGGCCACCUGGUAUGAGCUCAAAAUGAAGGCCUGCAACAGUGCUGGGUGUGGCAACCAGAGCUCCCAGUUUGCCACCACUGACUAUGAUGGCAGUACAAUCCCUCCCAUUAAAUCAGCUCGUGGAGAAGGGGAUGACGUGAAGAAACUGUUCUCCAUCGGCUCUCCCGUCAUACUGGUUACCCUGGGCGUUGCUUUGCUCUUCAUUGUCCGCAAGAAACGCAAGGAGAAGAGGCUUAAACGACUUAGAGAUGCUAAGAGCCUCGCUGAGAUGCUUAUCAGCAAGAACAAUCGCAGUAUAGACACUCCAGUUAAGGGCCCUCCUCAAGGACCAAGGCUGCACAUUGAUAUCCCACGUGUUCAGCUGCUCAUUGAGGACAAGGAAGGCAUCAAACAGAUAGGGGAGGAUAAGGCAGCGGUGCCAGUGACAGACACUGAGUUCAGCCAAUCAGUGAAUCCGCAGAACUUCUGCACAGGCGUGUCUCUGCACCACCAAGCCCUUAUCCAGAAUUCAGGGCCUUUGAUUGACAUGUCGGAUAUCCGCCCCGGCACGAACCCCGUGUCCAGGAAAAGUAUAAAAUCAGCCCACAGCUCCAGGAACAGAUACUCCAGCCAGUGGACACUGAGCCGACCGAGCCAGAGCCAGUCGACGGCCUCUGCACGCACUCUGACCUCAGACUGGCGGACGAUGGGCUCUCAUGGCAUCACCGCCACUGAGAGUGACAGCUACAGCGCCAGCCUCUCGCAAGACACGGACAAGGGUCGCAACAGCAUGGUGUCGACAGAGAGCGCCUCCUCCACUUACGAGGAGCUGGCCAGGGCCUACGAGCACGCCAAGCUGGAGGAGCACCUGCAGCAUGCAAAGUUCACCAUUACAGAGUGUUUCAUCUCUGACAGCUCAUCUGACCAAAUGACCACAGGUACCAAUGAUCCAGCUGACAGCAUGACCUCCCUAAGCACGCCGUCUGAACCAGGCAUCUGCCGCUUCACUGCCUCACCACCCAAACCACAGGACUAUGACCGCGGUAAAAAUGUGGCGGUGCCCAUUCCCCACCGUGCCAACAAAAGUGAAUUCUGCAACCUACCCCUCUACAUGAAGACAGACCCAUUCUUCCGCAAGCAAGGGGAGCUGCAUGACCCUUGCCCAGCUGUGCCACCGCGGGAAGCCUCAAUCCGCAGCCUGACGCAGCGGGCGUAUCACACCCAGGGCCGUCACAAGACUCUAGACCCUGCCAAACAGCAGGCGCUGACACUGGGCCAUUCUGGCCUGGGCAGCUUGGGUGCGAGCUCGGGCACUGCCACCUUGCCCCAAAGGACUCUCACCAUGCCCAGCUCCAACACUGCAGCAACAGCUUCCACUUCCAGCACGAGCAGCAACCCCACCAACAGUAACAAGGUGGGGGGCUCUAGAGACUCGCUGCUAGAGAGCAGCUCCUCUGCACUGGGGAGAUUGCAGAAACAGAGUGUUGGGGCAUACUCCAAGUCAUACACGUUGGUGUAG